AUGCGGGUGGCGGGCGGCGUCGCUCUCGCGCUCUCCCUGGCGGCGCUGAAGGCAGCGGAGGCGAUUCCCGGCGUCCAGCUUGCCAACCCGGACGCCUCACUCUGCCUCACUGAACAGCUUGCCUCGGAGGCCAACGUCAAGCUGUGCGCCUUCCUCAAGCCGACGCAAGCCGACCUCGAGGGCCAAGUGACAGUCUUCACACUCGUCCAGAACGGGACUGUCAUGGCAGCAAAAAGUCAGCCCUCUCCGUCCCUUGGGUCAUGCCAUCAGGUGCUUUGCGUUGCCCCUGAAGUGAGGGUGCACAUGCGAGGGAAAGACAGCGGCCUCGUGAAGGCACCUUGGGAGGCGGAGAACGCCACGGCCGACAAGGACGCUCUCUGCCUGGGUUCCUUUGGCGAGUCCCCGGCCUUCGGCGGCGCCAUCCUGGCCUUCUCCGUGCAGUCCUGGGAGGCGGACGCGGGCGAAAAGCCCAUGCCCUUCCGGGCAGCUGACUGCACCGCCCUCUCGCCCAGCGACGUCCUCGUCACCCUCGACUCGGCGUGGACCGAGUCCGGGAGCGUGAGGACGUUCGACGUCGAGCCGGAGCAGAUCUGCUCCGAGGCGUACACCAAGGUCCUCGUCAGGCUCUUCGCGGGGCACCUCCCUCACGCAGAAACGUGCAGGAGGCUGGACGGCCGCCUCCCGACGGAGAGCGAAGUGGAGAGCUCCGUCCUGAAUGUCUCCAGCGAUCUCGCGCUCAACUGCUCCAAUGCCAAGAACGUCUCCCUCUGGCUCGCCGGGCCGAAGCCGAGCCAUGACGUGACGGCAACCUGCACGGCCUUGCUCGCCAACGGCAGCGUCGCGUCCUACCCGUGCAUUAGCGAGGUCACGUGCAGCAUCUGCUUCGUGCCAGCGAAGAAAAGGUUCACGGUCUACGGGCCCCUCGAAAUCUUCGACCACCACUACACCCUGACUGUGGACGCCGAAGGCGCAGCGCAGUUCGUCGGCGACGUCUCGACGAUACAGCGAGACGAGGACGGCUGGCUCCUGUCGUCGGAUCUCCACGUGCAGACGAUGCGCGUGGCGGGGCCGCUUCCAGUGGGCAGACACAGUUGGUUCUCAAGCCUCAAGAACAAGAAUAUGACCCUGACGAUGACCUCCUGCGGGCCUGAGCAGUACUCCUGCGGGGACAACACCUGCAUCGAGCGAUCCGCCUUCUGCAACACCAUCAGGGACUGUCGCGACGGGAGCGACGAGAGCGCGUGCAGCCCCGUGCGCCUGCCUCCCGAGUACGACAAGAGCAAAAACCCGCGCCUCGGCAGCAGCUCGCAGGGCCACCUCACCUACAGCGUGCACUUGUACGCGCUGAGUGACAUCAAAACUGUCGAAGGGAAAGUCACCCUGGAUAUGAAUAUCUACGUCGCCUACAAGGACGAGCGGGUAACCUACUGGAAUCUCAGAGACUUCGAGCAGAAGAUUGACUGCGAAGAAAUCUGGCACCCUGAGUUCACCGCUAUCGCUGGCAGAAUCGUGGGCCUUGCGUAUCCAAUGAAAGUCUAUGACAGGCUGUGUGGCGUCGAGGUGACCUCUGCUGGACAGAUUCGCUCUCUUAAGGAUCCCCACAUGGGCGAGUACUUACCCGGCACUGAAAACAAAAUCUUCUACUACAUCAAUUUUCGAGUAACCAUUCCGUGCAAUUUCAAGCUCCAACUCUACCCAUUUGGAAGGCUCAUAUGCAACAUUUCCUACUAUAUCUUCGAUGGCCAAGUGAACCUAGCGUUUGAAAAAAUCUCCAAGGACGAGGUGCAUGUCAGGUACCGAGGCAGCAAGGACCUCCUCGAGUACCACUUGGCGAACGUGACUUUCGAGACAAUCCAUGACGAGGACGACGAGCGCUACACCUACAUCCUGUUGACGCUCCAUCUGUCCAGCUUGUACGAAUACCACAUGCUCAACAGCUUCGCCCCGAGCACCCUGAUGUUCCUGGUAACUGUGUCCACGUUGUUCUUCCCGCUUAAGGACUUCAACGAGCGCAUUGUCGUGUCCCUGACGUCGCUGCUGGUGCUGGCCACGCUCUUCGCCCAGGCCAGCAGCGCAUCCGUCAAGACGCCCUACUUCAAGCUGCUCGACAUCUGGUACUCAGCUCUCAUCGCAUUGUGCUUCAUGUGCGUCAUCGCCAACGCAGUCACGCACCGGCUCCUGCAGAAGGAGGGCCCUGCGAUUAACGUGGUGAAGCCGCUGACGGGGGAGAGUGACGUCACCCCCAGCAACGUCUGGGCGAGGGCCUUCAACUGGUUCUCGAUUGUGGUCUUGUCACUGCUCUUCAUUGCUCUCGUCGCUGUCGUUGUCAUGGUAGCGACUGAGAUGCUGUAGCAGUUUUUUAAUGAAUUAUUUAUUAACUUAAUUUUACUUGUACUUUAUUGUUAUCAUUAUUACCAUCAGCACAAUUAAAAUUCAUUAAUAUCA